CGAAGCUCGACCGCGGCCGCACGUCUUUCUCUCUUCGGACUAAAAUCCCACUUUAAGAGAAGAGCAACCUUUAGUCGAACAGCAGUUGUUGGACGGAAAGAAGAAAUUUAUUCUUCGGAGUCAAAUCCUGUGCAGACUCUUGGACUCCGUCCAACAACACUUUCCUCUUCCUGCGCUUUCUUGGACUUUUUAGCGUUUGUGCUGCAAAAGAUUCGGAGCAUAUCGACUGUGUCUUAUAAACUGUUCGACAGCCGCUUGCACAUCAAAGCAAGCCAAUAAAGUAUACGCCACUCCUAAAGUCUUGGGAGUUACAAGUACCACAUUGCUUGAGAAAUGGCACGUCCAGCAAAUCAAGAUCAGCUUUUUAGCAAGACACAGAUCCUAUUCUGUGUGAUUUGCAUGGUCCUGAUGCAGACUGAUUUUGUGCAGGCUCAAGAUUACCAUUGUGAAGUGGAAAUCAGCAGAAAAUGCAUCAGUAAGGUAACCUGGACCAUUCAAGAGAAGUAUGCUGAAAAAGGGAAGUCAUUCACUAUUGCCUACAGAACAACUGAAGGAAAGACUGACACCGCAGUCUUGCUGCACUACGUGGGGUAUUACCUGUGUGAAGCUGCGGGAGAGCACACCUGUGAUGAAGGCAACAACAGCACGUCCCUUAACAGAAACACUACGGCCUGUGUAACUAACAGAACAUACACAAUUGCCGCUGAUGGAGAGGAUGAUAUGCCUUGUACACCUGCACAAACUCAGACUGAGCCAUCUGGAUCGAAUCCCUGCAAAGACAAACAAAAUGCCACUGAUUGCUCUACUGACACACUUGCAGACAAUUAUGCAAUCAUUGGCAUUUCCUGUACCUGCGCUCUACUCACUUUAUUCGCAAGUGUGGUUUUCUUUUGGUGUUGUAGGCGACGAUACAGGAAACACAUCAAAAAUGACAUAGCGCACGCUACUGACCAAGAAGGCAAAGAGGAAACAGAAAAAGAAACUUUUCUGGCUGAGGUGGUGUAGAAUUAUGCAGGUGCAAAGCACCAGACAAGUUAGCACUUACACGACAACUUCACCUGCAACAGCUGAAGAAGCAUAGGAUCAAGGCUUCAUGGCCGAUACGAUUGAAUUUGAAGAGGUGAAGAAUGAAGAAAACAUGACAAAAAAGUCAUAGUACAUGAGGUUUCUCAAGUCAGACAUGAAGAUAUUAAUGAAAAUGCAUAUCAGCGUCUGAACUAAGAUGAUUAAAGAUGAGACAGUCUGCUGUAUCUGUCAGCCUUCAAAACGCGUCUCAGCAAAUGCGAUCUUACUGGAGACAAAAUGUUUCCCAGCGUGCGAGCUGUUCCUUGAAAAAAAGCUACACAACUGAAGUCGAAAAAGGACCAAAGUGAAGUUGAUGGUUACACAUUGCUAAAGUUGAUAACAAACGAAAAAGAAGUUUGUAUUGACGCCUUGUUGAAACAUGAGAUGACAAAAUAUCAACAUGUUGGCACAUUGCUAAAGAUGUUGAGGACAGAAUAUGAAGUUUGUAUUGAUGACCUGUUCACUCUUGUGACGACAAAAUUGAUCUUGAUGACGAUACAUUACAGAAGAUGAUGAGGACAAAAGAAGAAGAUUGUAUUAAUGCCUUGUUGAAACUUGCGACGUCAAAACUGAAAUUGAUGAUGACAAAGUAAGAAGUUUGUAUUGCUUGUGACGACAAAAUUGAAGUUGAUGAUAAACCAUUGCUGAAGUUGAUGAUGACAAACUAAGAAGUUUGUAUUGAUGCCCUAUUGAAACUUGCGACGACAAAAUUAAAGUUGAUGAUGAACUUUUGCUUAAGUUGAUGAUGACAGAAUAAGAAGUUUGUAUUGAUGCCCUAUUCAAACUUGCGACGACAAAAUUGAAGUUGAUGAUGACACAUUGCUGAAGUUGAUGAUGACACAUUGCUGAAGUUGAUGACAAACUAAGAAGUUUGUAUUGAUGCCUUAUUGAAACUUGCGACAACAAAAUUGAAGUUGAUGAUGAACCUUUGCUUAAGUUGAUGAUGACAGAAUAAGAAAUUUGUAUUGAAGCCCUGUUGAAACUUGAAACUUGCGACGAGAAAAUUGAAGUUGAUGAUGAACCAUUGCUGAAGUUGAUGAUGACAAACUAAGACAUUUGCAUUGAUGCACUAUUGAAACUUGCGACGACAAAAUUGAAGUUGAUGAUGAACCUUUGCUUAAGUUGAUGAUGACAGAAUAAGAAGUUUGUAUUGAAGCCUUGUUGAAACUUGAAACUUGCGACGAGAAAAUUGAAGACUUGAAACUUGUGACGAGAAAAUUGAAGUUGAUGAUGAACCAUUGCUGAAGUUGAUGAUGACAAACUAAGAAGUUUGUAUUGAUGCCCUAUUGAAACUUGCGACGACAAAAUUGAAGUUGAUGAUGAACCUUUGCUUAAGUUGAUGAUGACAGAAUAAGAAGUUUGUAUUGAUGCCCUAUUCAAACUUGCGACGACAAAAUUGAAGUUGAUGAUGACACAUUGCUGAAGUUGAUGAUGACACAUUGCUGAAGUUGAUGACAAACUAAGAAGUUUGUAUUGAUGCCCUAUUGAAACUUGCGACGACAAAAUUGAAGUUGAUGAUGAACUUUUGCUUAAGUUGAUGAUGACAGAAUAAGAAGUUUGUAUUGAAGCCUUGUUGAAACUUGAAACUUGCGACGAGAAAAUUGAAGUUGAUGAUGAACCAUUGCUGAAGUUGAUGAUGACAAACUAAGACGUUUGCAUUGAUGCACUAUUGAAACUUGCGACAACAAAAUUGAAGUUGAUGAUGAACCUUUGCUUAAGUUGAUGAUGACAGAAUAAGAAGUUUGUAUUGAAGCCUUGUUGAAACUUGAAACUUGCGAUGAGAAAAUUGAAGACUUGAAACUUGCGACGAGAAAAUUGAAGUUGAUGAUGAACCAUUGCUGAAGUUGAUGAUGACAAACUAAGAAGUUUGUAUUGAUGCCCUAUUGAAACUUGCGACGACAAAAUUGAAGUUGAUGAUGAACCUUUGCUUAAGUUGAUGAUGACAGAAUAAGACAUUUGCAUUGAUGCCCUGUUGAAUCUUGCGACGACAAAAUUGAUGUUGAUGAUGACACAUUGCUGAAGUUGAUGAUGACACAUUGCUGAAGUUGAUGACAAACUAAGAAGUUUGUAUUGAUGCCUUAUUGAAACUUUCGAAGACAAAAUUGAAGUUGGUGAUGAUUUAUUGCUGAAGUUGAUGAUAACAGAAUAAGAAAUUUGUAUUGAAGCCCUGUUGAAACUUGAAACUUGCGACGAGAAAAUUGAAGUUGAUGAUGAACCAUUGCUGAAGUUGAUGAUGACAAACUAAGAAGUUUGUAUUGAUGCCUUAUUGAAACUUUCGAAGACAAAAUUGAAGUUGAUGAUGAUUUAUUGCUGAAGUUGAUGAUAACAGAAUAAGAAAUUUGUAUCGAUGCCCCGUUAAAACUUGUGAAGACAAAGUUGAUGAUGACGACACAUUGUUGAAGAUGAUGAUCACACAUUCCUGAAGCCGAUGAUGAGAAACUAAGAAGUUUGUAUUGAUGCCUUGUUGAAACUUGUGAAGACAAAAUAUCAAAAUGAUGUUGGCAAUUUGGUGAGGAUGAUGAAGACAGAAUAUGAAGUUUGUAUUGAUGCCCUGUUGAAAUUUGCGACGACAAAAGUUGAAGUUUAUGAUCACACAUUGCUAAAGUUGAUGAUGACAGAAUAAGACGUUCAUAUUGAUGCCUUGUUAAAAGUUGCAACAACAAAAUAUGAAAAAUCAAGGUGGUAUAUUGCUGAAGAUCUGGAUGAUAAUUCUGAACUAGAUGUUGGCAUUCUGCUAUAGUUCAUGUUGACAAAUAUGAAGCUUGUGUUGGAAUAAAACUUUGGCUGAGACAAAUCUAAUGCUUUCAAGCAAAAAGAUGACUUGGAGAACAAAGACAUAAAUAUGAACUUGAUAAGGACGACCCAAGUAGAGACAUAAGAAAGACACUGAUGUUAAAGAUUAUGAGAUUUUUCAAUUGUAAAUGAGGACAAAACAUUGAUCUUUCUGAAGAAAAGAUACAAUUGAUGGUGCAUUGAGAAAUUUGAUAUCGGUGUAAUGUGGUACUAAAAUUGACUGAAAAGGACAGAUUUAAAGCUUUUGCUGCUGCUGCUGAUGAUGAUGAUAAUGGUGAAGAUGGAGAUACAAAAGUAAAGGACAUUCCUGCAGCAGAUUGAUAUUACUUUUAUAUUUUUGUAUAACUGAUUUUUUUUAAGUGAACUUUUAACAGUAAGGUAAGAAGUUUUUGAAUAAUGUCGUUAAGAAUUUAAAGUAUUUUAGUGUUCACACAUGUGCAUUGAUAUGUAUUGUUGAUUUAUUGUUACAUUUGAAAAAGUAUUGGAGUCUUGGUAAAUCCUAUGCUUUUAAAUAACAUACCCACACCCUAUCACACGCACUAACAUACACACACACCAUAAACACAUAACAGACACAUCCUAAACACAAUAUUAAUGUAGUUUUGAAGAUGUUAAAUUUGUGUAUUAUUUUCAUUUAUAUAUAUUUUUUGUAGUUUUAUGUAUUCAUAGAUUUAUCCUUUUUUGUUUUCACACUACUAAUUUUUGAUGGAUUGUUAAAGCUACUUAUAGGCUCUAAUAUUUAUAUAUAGCCUUAAUUACUAACUUUAAAUCACUGGUAGGGCUUGAAAUUUAAAAAAAUUAUUAAUUUGAACCUUUUAUUUUACAGAAAUAAAUCUUUUUUUUUUAAAAGAAAGGAACAUUAGGUGCAAUUGCCUUUAAUAAUAAAGAUUUUAUUUUUACCUUUAGUCCUUUGCUUUUUUUAUAUAGAGUACUGUGUAUAAAACACUAGGAUCUUAUUUGUCUAGGUAAUGAUACAAAUCAGUGUUCAGUUUGCGUUAAACGCCUCAGAAAUUAAGUGCCACACAUUGAAGUUUACCAGUGUCAUAUGUAGGUAUCCAGUAAACUAUAAUAAUUUUAAUAAUAUGUUGAUUUGUAUAAUGUUAAAUUUGUGUUUUUUGUAUUUUUUCGUAUAUAUAUUAUGUAGAUUUAUGUUUUUACAGAUUUAUCCUUGUUUGUUUUUACAGUACUAAUUUUUCAUGGACUGUUAUAGGCUCUAAAAUAUAUACAGGCAGUCCUCGGGUUACGUCAGCCCCGAGUUAGGAUGUUUCGUGGUUACAACAUAUGUCCCAUUGGCUGUUUAAAGCCUUAUUUCCACUUCAGUGGGUUUGUGUCGUAAACGUCGUCACGCAAACUUCGUGUUUUUUAUUACUGUUUAUUAUUCCUCUUUCAUUUCAUUAUUAAACUUAUUUUAUAUGUGUUUUUUGAUAAUUACUGUGUUAGGAUAGGAUUUACGUACAGUAUCUACGUUUAUUCUGACUUGCGAAAAUCAGUUUACGACGCGACGUAUGAACGGAACAACGUCGUAAGUCGAGGACCGCCUGUGUAUAUAUAUGUAGCCUUAACUUUAAAUUGCUGUUAGGGAAUAAAAUAAAAAAAAAUAAUUAAUUUGAACCUUUUCUUGCACAGAAAUAAAUUUUAUUUUUUAAGAAAAUGGAACAUUAGUUGCAGUUGCCUUUAAUAAUAAAGAUUUUAUUUUA